GUAGUACUAGCAUUCACCGUAGGAUUCAACACGUCAAUACCCUCUGCAACAGUGCAGCACACCCGAACACACACACACACUCGCAGAGGUAAAAAAGGUUGUUGUUGUUUUUUUGAUAAAGGGAGAGGUGUAACAUGCUCAAGACAGGCAAGGAUCAGUCGCAGGGCCAGGCCUUCCACCGCCAGCUGCUCAGUGAGUACAUCACCGACAUCACCCUCGAUAACUAUGUUCACUAUUUCGAGCUGAAGCCGAUUGCGAAGAAGAUCGAGAAGAUCCGCCUGGAGCUCGAAUCAAAGUACACCAACCGCUACGUGCACCGCGGCACCGCGCUGGAGAUGAUGAGCCCGCUCUCCACGACCAUCACUCCCCGCGUCGCCAAGAAGAAACCAGACUUCUCGAUGAGCCACAUGUCCGCCCCCAUCACACCCACCAGCUACCAGGAAGAGAAGCCGAUGCCUUGUUGUAUGUUCGGCAUCUGUCAGACAAAAAAAUCUCCCACCUCGGCGCUCAAGCCGGAGGACCGCAGCACUGGCAGCACCGCCGUCUUCGUCGAUCCCCUUUCCCCGCUCUUCUUCCAAACGACCGGCUUUGCGGAGCUCCAGAAGACGGACAUCGCGCUCGCGGACCUCAUUCGCGACCGCAUUAAACUGCAGGAGGAGUUUUUUUCGAAGCUGCACGAGUCGUACACGAAGGUGAAGCAGUACCUGAUCAAGCUGGAGAAGGGCUUCGUUGCGGCGGAGGCAGAGCUGCGUACCUUCAGCGAAGAACACAUCCGCAACGAGCUACCACCUCACUACAUUCCCGCCCUGUACCUGAAGCUGGAGGUGAUUCUCAAGUACCGGGGGCUGAACCUGCUCGCGUUUCGCAAGAUCUUGAAGAAGUUCCUCGAGCGCUGCGCCUGCGACAGCCUGGAGCUGCAGCAGCGUGUCCUGACGAUCGACCGGGUCAUCAGUUCGAGCAACGUCCAGCAGCCCUCACUCGAUCUCCGCGGGGCGGCGCUCAACCUCAUCGCCGUCUACGGGACGGUGUUCCGCUUCACCUACGAGGAAGCGACGCAGCACAUGCGGGAGUACGAGUUCCGCACCGGCAUGACGGCGCGACGGAUCCUGCCGAACAGCCAGACCUUCUACUUCGCGGAUGCGUUCCCACACCACGAAAGACCCGGCAGCUUCGCCGUUCGCGUCCUCGCCGGCUCGUGCAGCCUAUUCGCCGAGAAGAUGAUUACCGAGGUGUUGCAGUGCCCGCGCUACCCGGGCAAGAGCUGUGGCCGCUUCGCGAACGGCGAGGUCAGCGUGGACCUGCCCGGCCCGGUGCGCGGCGACGACGUGUUCGUUGUCCAGUCGAUGGUCGGCAUUGAGGCGGAGUGCCUGAGCAACUCGGGGGCGCUGAUGGAGCUCGCACUGCUGCUUCACUCCGUCCAGCUCGCCGCCGCCGCGCGCAUCACGGCGGUCAUUCCAUUUCUCGCCUACACCCGUAACGUCGCCUCGAUCUCGGCCGUGGCGGAGUUGCUGGAGGCGAUGGGAUGCCACCACGUCAUCACUGUCGACAUGCACAGUGACCAGGUGGAAGGCAUGUUCUCGGUUCCCAUGGAGAGCAUCUCGGCCAUGUACGAGUUUGUGCGCUACGUGUCGAACCUGCUAAAGAGUGAGGGGAACGAGUUUAAGAACAUCACGAUUGUCGCCCCCUCGGGCGAGUUCCUCGGCCGCGCGAAGGAGUUUGCGGAUGCGCUGAUGCGCUACAACGACCUGGACAGCGCAACGCAGUUCGUCUCGGUCUGCACGGCGGUGAAGCGGGUGGAGACGCGGCAGACGCGGCCGUCAUCGCAAGCGUACGCGCGCAACAUGGUGGAGUUGGUCCCGCCGGCCCUCCGCGUCCCUCACACCGCCGGCAACGGCAACACCGACUUUAAUAACAGCAACAGCAGCGGAGUGUCUCCCGCAGAGGCGGCCACGGCUACGGCUACGGUGGCAGCGGUGGCUGCGUCUCCGCAGAAGAAGUCCACGCCGAUCAGCGUACCGCCUUUAGAGGGCACCGUGACACCCACCAGCAGCGGCAUGGGCAGCGUGGAGUUGAACGCGUUGAUCGCGAAUAGCCCGGUCGGGUCGCGCGAGUUCCAGUACCCGCACAGCCCAAACUCGCCAAACGUGUUCGACAAUGUCACGUCGGAGCUGUCGCCGCUGGCCGCGAAUGCUGCGGCGGCCACUGCGACCUUCAACGCGACGGCGAGCGCGACGUUGGCGCAGAUGCAGCUUCGGCAAAGCUUGACAAACAGCAUGCACCGCAGCACGAGUACCCUCGGCUUCGAAAAGGCCCUUCGACAGCAAGAGGAAGGCCGUCAGUCACUGGUGCGGCAGAUCCAGGAGACGCGCACCGAGUACAAGAACUACGUGCUGGUGGGCGAGGCAAAGGACCGCCUCUGCAUCAUCGUUGAGACGCUGGUGGAUGAGGCGGUGAAGAUCACGCAGGUAGCCAAAAACCUCCACGAAAAUGGCGCAGAACGAAUCAUUCUUGUCGCCACGCACGCCGUCAUGUCCGGCAAGUCGGUGGAGCGGCUGAUCGAGGCGCCGAUUGAUCUGAUCAUCGUGACAGACAGCGUGAACCAGGAUGAGCUGAUGCGGAACCCGCAGCUGGCGCGCAAACUGCGCGUGGUGCCCAUCGCGCCGCUGCUGGCGCGUGCUAUUGAAAAGAUACACACGGAGAACACUCUCGCCACGCUGUUCGACAAGUCGUAA